AAACCAAGCUGCAAUCUGUUCUGCGAACCCCCAACCGUACAAGGUCAUUUUCUUCGUACACUUAGCAGUUUGUCGUUCGUGCUGUCGUCUAACUUUGACCUUAAAUCAUGGUCCUCCCUGAGCCUCACCCUCUUGCCAUCUUUUCGCUCGUACCUCUCAACGAUCGAGCUAAGUCUGUCCUCGACCAUCCGGACAACAUCCACCUCGUCUCGCUCAUUCCCCAAGCCGUAAAAAAUCCCCUGAAAGAAAAAGAGGAAGAAGACGGAAAGCCAACGCGCGGAGAACCAACACGCGGGCUCAACAUCGGCACCCACAUCGGCUCCAAGUCCCGCUACACUCUAGCGACGCUUGGGCGCCUCGGCGACAUCACCGUCGAAGGGUCGAGCAUCUCGAAGAUCCAUUGUUCUUUCGAUGUCCACUGCCACACGAAUGAGAUCAUACUCUGGGACCAGUCGUCCAACGGGUCGACCCAGACCUUCGGUCAGAAUGCCAUGAAGAUUCCGUCCAGGCUGGAGCGCCCCGAUCGCUGGGUUGUCGUGGCUAAAAAGGUCAAUAACAUAUUCGGAUUCGGCGGCAGUCAUUGCGAUCUUUUUGAAUUUAUGAUACAUUGGCACGAGCCUGUAAACGAUCUCAAAGAGCGUAUCAGCUACCGAGAGGACCAUCCUAAGUACACCCGAACCUUGGACGACGAGACGGCAACCGUCAUAACAUCCAAGCCUGCCACCCGGAUUCACACUCCUAUCAAAUACACCCCAGGCACUUUCACACCGGGCGUUCAAGGUCAGGCGAAGAAGAUCAGGUACUAUACGAAAAAAAGGAUCGGAAAGGGCUCGUUCGGCGAGGUCUGGAAGGCCGUGGAUGUCGACACCGGUGAAGUGUUCGCUCUCAAGCUGAUACCAUGGCCAAAACUUGGACCUCAGUCGCAGCAGUACACGUUGUUAAAACGGGAAGUGGAAAUAUCUGCCAGCCUGUCUCACCCAAACAUCGUGGAAUUCAUAUCAGCGCAAGGCUGGGGAGGGACGCACCUUGAAGUCUUCACAGGACUCAAAGAUGGCAACCUAGAAGACCUGAUUAGUGCAGAUCUCUUCCGAAACGAUGAGGCGACUUCCCUUCUCCGUGAGAUGCUCGAAGCGCUAGAUCACCUCGCAUACAAGGGCAUUGUCCAUAGAGACGUCAAGCCAGAGAACAUUCUCUACACACGUCUACCAGCCGGCAGCUAUACCUUUCAGCUCACGGAUUUUGGCCUUUCGAAUGUCAUUACUGACGCCCGAUCGUACGCCGGAUCGCCGAUCUAUAUGGCCCCCGAAUUGCUGUCCAAUCCAACAAACCCUCAGACGUCGAAGGUAGAUGUCUGGUCCCUCUUUGUCACUCUCGCUUACGCGCUGAACGUGGAUGGGUUCCGGGAGAAGCCAUUCGACACGAAUGAAUUCAAGGUUAGGGCAGUACAAGAGGCUGCUCGCGAUCCUAUCCUCAAUCCGCUCCGAGACAUGGCGAUCAUCGACCCCAGCCGACGAGCUUCUGCGGGAGAGAUGCUCGAUAAGUUGUUUGGUGGAAAAGGUCGCUCAAGCCCGCGCAGCAAGGCCCAGAACGACGCUGGCCACACAGAUGCGGCCGCAUCAAAACCACAGCCUGAACGGCAUCCACGCGCAAAACAGAGCAGGCAACCCGAUCGACAACGAACGAAGUGUCCCCGUUGUCACUUUGAAGGAGACAAGGAAGAGGUUCGACGCCAUAUUAUGUUCUAUCUGCAUACCGUGCAGGCGUGAGGGUUUAGAGAGUUUGACUGUCGUUGAAGGGUGUCGUGUGAGAACGCAAGUCCUGACCCGGGAUCGAAGAUUUGGGAAACUGGCACGAAGAAUCG